ACUUAUAAUGGAGUUGCAUUAAGGGGUAACACCACUGUAGAAUUUUUGAAAAAUCGAUUUUUUUUUUAUUGCUUUAAAAAAUACUUUGAACCUUCUAGAAUGAGUUAAAAAAAGUCUUAUGUCUGUUACAAAAUUUUUUGUGUGAAAUUUCGCGCUCUUUCUUAAGCGUGUCGGGCUGCUCCAAAACGACUACCUACGGCACAUCGAUACCUGCUCGAAGGGUACAGCCUAAUGACUUACCUUCUGAUUUUGAAGUGAAAAAGAAAGAGUGCAUUGAUCACGUGCAAAAGAGAAUGGGCACUCGUUUGCGAAAUUUAAAAAAAAUUGUAAAAGGCCUCGGAGGAAAAGGUAAAUUAACUGCUAAAUUAAUUGACGAGCUUACAAUAUAUUAUGGUUUAGCGAUACGGCGGAAUCCAAACUCCGUGAAAAAUAUGAAAAAUGAUAUUUGGGCAACCUUAUUUCAUAAAAUGUCAACCGAUGAAAAUCCGCAACACGAGAAGUGCUCGGAGUCUUGGUGCGACUGGAAAAAGGCACAAGCAGCAAAUUCCUUGGCUACUUACCAUCAUAAGCCGCCACUACCGAAGGAAAUUUUUGAAGCUAUCAAACCUAUUUACGAGGAGCUGAGCCGUGAUGAUUUGCUAAAUCGUUGCUUGGGAGGCUACACUCAAAAUAGCAACGAAAGUUUCAAUGCUGCUGUAUGGAACUUGGCGCCAAAAUCUUACUCAAGCGGCAAAAAAGUAUUAUGUGCAGCAACUGAUAUUGCUGUGUGCACCUUCAAUGACGGUUUGACUAACAUUUUACGAAUUAUGCAAGUUUUGGAGAUGGAUAUCGGCUACCAAGCAUACAAUUUUUGCCUUGAAGCCAAUGCGACAAGGAUCGAGCACUCCGAGCGGGCUUUGACAGAUGCAGCAAAGAAGGCACGCACCAGCACAAAAUCGUCGCGGAAAGAAAAUGAGGAACAAUACUUGAGCAAAGAAGGGAUGCUUUACGGUCCUGGGAUAGCAGACUAAUGAUAAAUCUCUACGAUGGUUCUGCUGCGUGCCGCAAACCCCUAAAAAAUAAACACGUCUCACGACAGUGGCUAUAGCGUCGCCAUUUUUUAAUAUUUUUUAAUAAAAAAAUUUUUACAAACACUUAAAAA